AUGCCACCCCCCUGGCCCCACGGCGCAAGGUGCGCCAUCUCCUUCACGAUGGACAACCUCGGCGAGGCGCAGGCGGUCCACAACAAGACCUGGCCCGCCGGCAAGCCCACGGGCCAGGACCCCUCCGUCCUGCAGACCCUCCCGCGCAUCCUGGACAUCCUGGCCAAGACCACCACCACAGGCAAAGGAGGUGUCAGGGCGACCUACUUCGCCGAGGCGUGGAGCCUCGCCACCUACCCCGCCGCAGUGGCCUCCCUCCAGCGGGCGGGCCACGAGGUCGCCUGGCACGGCUUCCAGCACGAGGUGUGGCACGCCCUGUCCCCCGGGGACGAGCAGGCCAGCUUCGAGAGGAGCUUCGCCGCCGCGCGGGAGGCGGGGGUGGUGUAUCGUGGGUUCAGGCCGCCCGGGGGCCGGAUCAACGGGGUUAGGACGGUGGGGCUUUGUGGGAGGCUUGGGGUGGAGUAUGUCUCGCCGCUGGGGGAGUUUGGUAUCCUCCCCGGCGGCGGGGACGGGGACGGGGACGGGGCUGGUGAUGUGGUGGUGCUCCCGUUUGAGUGGGAGGCCGUGGAUGCGUUCUGGUACAUGGACAAGUUCGCGGGGACGCGGCGGGAGCACGGGGUCCAGGGGGAAGGGGAAGGGGAGGGCGCGCCUGGCCCGGCCGAGUUCCGGGCGUGGCUGCUGAGGCGCAUCGGGGAGACCAAGGCGGAGGGCGGGUACAUGUCCAUCUUGUUCCACCCCUUCCUCACGACCGACGAGGAGAAGAUGGGGCUGCUGGAGGAGGUUGUCGGGCUGCUCGGGCGGGAUGAUGAGGUCUGGUGUGCGCCGUGCGGCGAGGUCGCGGGCUGGGUGAGGGAGCACAGGGCCGAGUUUGGGUUUUGA